UCCUCACAGGCCAGAACAACGUAGAACCAGUCCGGUCCUCCAGAGAAGAAGAAGAGUGACUCAUCCCUUACAGCCCUUCUGGGGUUGCUAUGGCAGCUGCUGUCACCCAAACCAAUCUCUGGAUCCAGGAUUCGCCCAGCAAGGCGGGGAACACCACUAGGAGCUGCCAUAAAAGGGCAUCGUACAACCAACAAGCAGCACUUAGGAUCCAGCCCUGCGGCUCGAGUAUCGGGGACGGCCAGGUGUCUACACUCUGAUGGUCAGCCCCCGGGAGCAUCCCCAUGAGUCUUGUUUGCGUCUGGUCAGGCUUCUGGCCAAAGUCCUCGCACACCCCGAAGAGAGCCAGCCACUGUUCUGCCCGCUAGACCAUGUUCCAACAGCAGGACCAUCUGAAGAGCCAGCUGCAGGAGGCCCACGCGGCCCACCGGCAGCUCUUCCAGUGCCAGGAGUGCGGUAAGCAGUACAACACCCAGCUGGGCUACCGGCGGCACCUGGUGGCGGCGCACGGCACCACCGCCGCCGGCCUGCCCUGCCACGACGGGCCGCCCCCCUCCCUGCUGGAGCACCCGGGCGGCCACGACGACCGGCCGGCCCCUCCCCCGGGCCCGGCGGGGGCCGGCACCGCCCUGCCGGUGCGCGAGCGCAAGUACUCGUGCGAGCGCUGCGACCGGCGCUUCUACACGCGCAAGGACGUCCGCCGGCACGCCGUGGUGCACACGGGCCGCCGCGACUUCCUGUGCCCGCGCUGCGCCCAGCGCUUCGGCCGGCGCGACCACCUGACCCGCCACCUGAAGAAGAGCCACGCCCAGGAGGCGGGGCUGACGGCCGGCGGCGGGAUGGCGGGCGGCCAUCCCGCGGCCGCGCCCUCCCCCUCCUCCGGCCUGUGCGCCGUGAAGGAGGAGCCCAGCCCGGUGACCUGCGACGGGGGCUCGGCCCCCAAGGAGCCCCCCGAGAGCCCCUUCUCCAUGGACAUGUACAGCUCCUACCCCAUGGCCAGCCCGGGCAUGGGCCACCACCACCACCACGGCCUCCUGCAGUCCUCCCUGUCCUCGGCCAUGGGCCGCCACAUGGCCCCCUCCCCCUCCCCGCACGGCCACCACCACCCCGCCCCGGGGGCCCCCCAGCAGCCCCCGGGGGCCGCCCAGCAGCAGCCGCCUGCCCAGCAGCAGGCCUACGGCGCCAUGCCGCGCUACCAGCACGGCGCCACCUCCUACCCCCGGGUGGACAUGGAGAGCUUCCUGCUGGACCUGCAGAGCGGCCUGCCGCCCAACCACCUGAGCACGGCGCCCCCCUCCUCCUCCUCCUCCGCCUCCCCCCCGCAGCGGGACGGCCUGCUGUCCGAGGGGGCGGGCGGGGGCGGCGGCGAGCUGUCCUGCGCCGCCAACAUGGACCUGGGCCCGCUGCUGGGCUUCCUGCCCUUCGGCCUGCCGCCCUACGGCGCCCACAUGGGCAUGGGGGGGCUGAUGAUGGGCUACCCGUCCGGCUCGGCCGCCAACGCCUCCUCCUCGUCUUCCUCCGGCGCCGGCCUGUCGCCCCAGCCGCCCGGGCCCUUCGCCCUCAUCCAGCCCCCCCAGGCUCACGUACCUCAGGGCCCCGGGGCCCACAGCCACAGCCAGCUACCUCAGGGGUACAGCAGCCCUGCUAUGAGCACUUCCAGCCCUCUACCUCGAUACUACCAGGCCUUUCAGCAGUAGGACGCUGCCCCCUGGGGCCCCCCACCCCGCUCAGAGGAGGUGGUCUCCCCCCCGCCCUGGAGGAACUCCAUGUGGAAGCAGGCCCACUGACUUAGAUCCAAACAACAAGAGCCACGUACUGUAGGUUGGCGCUAACCUUGCUUUUAUUUUGAAAAAAAAAAAGAGGGUGGGAGAGUGGGAGGGGUGGGGGUGUAACUUAGCUCUUUGAUGCUAAUAAUGCUAAUUGUUUUUUAUUAUUUUUCUUUCUUUUAACACAACAGAUCACCUCAGCAGUAUUACCUCAUUAUUUAAAAAGAAAGCUUGAAUGAGGAAGGGAGGGAACCUUGAUAUUCUCAGUCGAACCAAAAUACAGUACUUCCUGUAAAUCCUGUUACAAACAGUGGUUGCACUUAAAACAGAGAGUUCACAGAGGUGCAGGACAACACACACACGUGACACAUUGCUUGGAUAGUUCCCUGCUAACCCGCUACAUCGCUAAACACCAGUAUUUCAUUUUAUAUUUUUACACGAGAGAAGGCAGUGGAAUACUUAUAUUGAUAACAUGGGCUUGCCAUGUUUCACCUCAGGUCAGUGGAGACUCUGUUAUAAGAAUCUCAUCGGUCCACACGCAUUGGAUAGGAAUUAACCUUGUUUGAAACGCAACUCAUUACAGAUAAACACACUUCUCUAUUUGUAAACCUAGCAGCAGUAAUUUGACACAAACCUAAACUCACGGUAACACAGUCUGACUGGUUCGGUUAUCGCGUUGUGGAUUUUUAUGCUAAAUAACCUUUGAAUAUUUCUAAUGAGAAGUUUAGAAUAACCCCGGAGACUUGACUUGAGCUUCAACACAGCAGUUGUUCCUUCUAGGCAUCAUUCACAUUAUGAUUGAGGUUCAAAUGAUUGAUUCUGAUCACACCAAAUGUGUCAAUACAUUUGACGUAAUCGACACAACGUACGGUGUCGUGUUUAAGUGGGAAUACUUAAACAAACCCUUCUCUCUAUUCGGCUGUUAAACAGUAUUACCAAACGUUCACUAAGUAGCAGCUGAGAACUAAAGCUACCACUUUAUUCCUCUAAAACGACCAGAUUCCCACCACAUUAAACCAUAACUAACAAACCUUAGAAAUAGAAAACCACAGUUUGAAUUCUAUUGCUGCUAGAUGCAAGAAGCAUUUAAUAUGCAAACAUUUUGUUUAAAAGGGACACGCGCACUUCUUCUUAUAAAUGUUUAUACGAGUUCCAAGCAUGGCGCAAGCUCCAAAACAGAAACAAGAACAUCGUUUUUAUUAACAUCCAUCUUCUCCCACACAUGCUGACAGGGUGGGAGGGGAGGGAGGGGAGGGGGGCGGGGUUCCUUCAGAUAAACAAACAAGAAGUCGCAUUUCUCCGGGGCCAACCGGAGACCCUCUGCUGGGAAGAAUAGGUGAGCCCCGAGGGAGAGGGUGGCGCUCAAGUAGCAUCCUGUCGAUUAAACAAGACUCUCUCCAUCGAGAUGUGGACCUCAGGAGCAACAUCUGAAACUCUGAGUCCUCAUUGAUCACGUUGAGAAUUCAGACCCCCCCCCCUCCCCUCCCCUCGCGCCCUGAACGGACUCUUGGGUCAAACUCGCCUUUACCCACUUCGGGUGACGCAACUCAAAGAGUCACCCCCUGGGUUAGAUAGGGUGUGAGUGUUUUUUUCUUUUAAGGACAUUGUUUGAGUUGGGAGUUGUUUUUUUAGUGGAAUAGUUAGUGAGAGCCUCACUGCUCUGCCUUACCGCCAUCGUUGCUGUAUUUUGAAGGAAACUCCUUGACCCCCCCCCCCCCCCCCCCCCACACACACACACACACACACACACACAAAGUUGCACCAAUGUCUUAAAAUGCUACUGUUGUGCCUCUGAAAGAGUGUCAGACCUCUUCACAUGGUUAAAGCACUUAUGACAUUUUAUGAAAAAACAAAACAAAAAAAACAAGGAUGAAAUUGAACUAUUUUACCUCAUCAGAACAUGCUGACAUUGCUGUCAAUUUCUCUUUCUUUAAAUAUAUAUAUAUGAUUUUUGUUUUUUGGCUUCUUAGUUAUUUGGGCUCUUAUUUGUGCCAUUAGGUUGAAAGUAUAAUGGUAGAUUUUUAUGAAUCAGAACUCUUUAUUUAGCAACAGUCCUCGACAUUAUAAUUCACUUAUAAAAAUGUCCUACCUCUUAUCGUUCUGUUAUUUUUUUCUCCUCUUUUUCUGCAAAAAAAAAAUCAUCAUAAAUGGCAUUAACAAUUUAGGCCGAUGGUAAAUAUGCGCGAAGAGUGUGAGAGAAAAAAAAAAGUGUUAAAUAGUUUAGAUAUAAAUCUUUUUACGACGUUGGCUGUGCGUCCUGAUGGCUGGGAUGAUGCUGUUUGUUCACGCCCCGUGUGUGAAGUUAUGUUCUAUUGUUCUAAAUGUUGACUACCUCAAGAGAAGAGCGACAAACCGCACUUCACCUAUAGCUACAGGACAGAUCUCUGUAUAGUUUUAUUCUGUCGGUGAGCGAGCAAGCACACAUACUUUGUAGGUCAUAGUUUGUUUAGUUUUAGUUUUUUCUUUUUUCCUUUUUGAGGUUAGAACCGUAGAGAGAGAAAUCAAUAUUUCUAGCGAGAUUGAGAACUGUGUUGCCUAGCGACUACGACCCAUGUGACAUUUUGCUCUUCCCUCACUAUCACAUUAUUACCUCAACUCUCAGUCUGGAAUGUUUACAAAGCUGAAUUAUCUGGACGUACGACUGAAGGAAUUUUACAAUAGCAUGCAAGUGAAAUGCACAGUGAUAGUGUUUGGUUUUUGCUUUGUUUAUGUUUUUCCUGAACACCGAUACCAAUUUAGUGAAGGUCAAUGGCCAACACCCCCUACCCCUCCUUUGGAAAUUAAAUUUAGAUAAUUGGAGACACAAUAUGACACAUUUUAAUAACAUUUAAUUUUGAUGAAGAGAUAUACGGCAUUGCUGUUCAGAUGCAAACCGCUGGACGAUAGGAAACAAUUUCACGUUGUAAUGAGUUGUCCAUACGUCGUAGCGGAUGCGUUGUCACAUUUUAUGGCCUUUAAUAGAUUAGACUGAUUAGUCGUUAUUUUUCUAUUUCCAAUAGACCAGACCCUGAUAUUAUGGUCUGUAUGUGGGUAACAAGGAGUGUUACAAAAUAAGUGUUGCUAUUUUUUUCUCCUGUCAUGAUUUCAUGUGAACCCAAUGAAAUAAUUGAACAUGCAAGGCUCCUUGUUGCCUUGAGGCCCACCAACGCUUUUAAUGUGAAGGGUCACGCCGGUAUUCACAGAUGCAUCAUAAGCUUUCUUGUGGUCAAGGCAUUAACAUUUACUUCCAAGCUUGUGAAUGGGUGUGUGCCUUUAUAUGGGCUGUGUUCAUAUCGCUACGACAUGGGAAACCACGUCAAAAUACACAUGACCCUAUAUUCAGGAUAUGAAAUUAUUAGUAUGAUGACUAAUCAAAAAGUGCUUCGGUGAACCAUAGCCUGGGAUGUUUCUUCACGCAGUAAUGGACAGACAGACUGUGUUUUUAUAUUGUGUAUGUCGACACGAUCACCAGUUACUUGACCAGGUAUAUUGGUCUGGAAGGCAUUGCGUAUACUGAAUAUCACAGUAGAAGCAACAAAAGGGAGCACAAAUGAUGCUAAGCAAUGUAGCCGUGGACGCACGGUACGACUUGUCGUCGACACAUUUGUUUUGAGGCCCGUAUUUCAGUUGGCUAAGAAUCAUUGGCCGGACUUUUAACUUUGUCAAAUUAGAACAUUUUGUAUUAGGCAUUUGUAGUAUCACCCGAUAGCUUAGAAAAAGGUUUAAAUCAAGAAUUAAAGAGUUGAUAUGCUAUUAUUUUCUAACUGUCAGAGCAUAACGCAAAAUGCAUAAUAAAUCACUCUUUAGAUUUAAACUGUUUCAUGAUUCUUUUCCCCCCCCCGUCUCCUUUGCUUCAUUCCACGGCUGCUCUUGGCUAUUUUAACAUGCAGGGUUAUAAAGGAUAUUAUUUGAUUAGUUUACUCAUUGUCAUUAAGCUUUGCCCUAAAUGGCUCAGCAUAACCACAAACCCGGAUAUUGUCAUGAUUACAUGAAUAGCCAUUAGCUCACGUUAUAUUUACACGCACCAAUCGAUUGUUCAUAUCCUACAGAAUACAUUAUAAAUCAAGAUAAAUACUCUGCCACAUUCCACAGCAGGCUAUGAAUGGUUAAACACCUGUACGGCCUUUGAGUAAAAAACUGGAUGGAAA